AUGUCGAAACGCUACGACGUCUCCUGUGAGAUCCUGGGGCGGGAAACUGGAAAGCCCAGACCGCAGCUGCAGGCGAUCCUCAAGUCUAUGAGGCGCCCCAUCCACGAGAUCCACGGCCUGGACGCAGAGCACUGGUACGCCGCUGUGGACCGUGCCCGCUCGGCGGCGCCUCGGGCCCGGACCGGUCGGUGCGUUCGGGCCCUUCAUUCGGUCGGUCGCAGAAGCGAGCCGAAAUCGGAACGGAAAGGUGGGGUGACCUUUUUGCGGCAUUUGGUCUACUGCGCGGGUUCAUGGGAUUCGGAGUAA